UAUGCGUGCGCAUCUGACCCCGUCCCUUUUCCUGGCCAGGUAUCCAUGAGGACCGUCGCCGUCGAGUUUGGUUCUGGCAGUUGCUGUCCCGGACGUGGAGCACAACAUCGUCCACGAUGACCGUGAGCACACCGACGCGUCCUGGGCGACAUGCAGCCCCAUCGCGCGAGGAAACUCCGUUCCCCGUGACGCCUCCGUCCUUCCUGAGCAGCCUCAGUGAGCUUUCACUUCGUCGCCGAUGUCGGAGUCCGUCUGCGCCGACGCGGAACGCGUCGCUGUCCGAGCCCACGCCCUGGAGCACGACCAGCUCCGCCCACCCGUCCGAGACAGCCAGGGUGAGCAGCAGCGCGUCUCAGCGCCGUCGGCCGCUUCUCCUCUGCGUCGUCUUCCUCGUCCCCGAGCUGCCCCGUCUCCGUCGUCAAGUCGCCGUGCAGAUUCCGUCCCGGCGCCGCCCUCGUACGCGUCCUCGCCAAACCGCGGCGUCAUCUCGGCCUCUGCGCCUCUCCGCAUCCUUCAGCCGUCGUCAACGAGCCCCACGAAUGCGAGUACUAUCGGAGAAGGAGAGGAUCUUGGUGAGGAUGUCGAAGAGGAAAGAAGAGCAGAGGUCCGUGAAGAAGAAGUCCAUGGACAAAUAUCCAACAAAGGCAAGCCACCUCUUGAUGCAUACCUUGUCCUAAUUAUCUUGCUCAUGCAUUAUUACAGGUUUUAUAAAUUGCAUGUUUUAUUUAUUUAUGUGAGUGGUCAUGCCACUCGGAGUUUUAUUAUUCCACCCUUAUGGGUGCAGCCCUCGUUGAUACCUACUGAACAAACACAUGUUAGAGAUAUGGUGCCUAACACCUUAUCCUCUCUUUGUCGCCGCUUUUCAAAUAAAGCUAGACUAUAGGUUGGGAGCCCUUUUAAAAAGAUGUUUUAUGAAAA